AUGGUUGGGAGUGCGACGUUCGAUUCUCGCGGUGUUAAGAAGCUUGAAAGGGUCGAAACUGCGCGCUUGCCCAUCUCCAAAACGGAAACCUACGCUAUCCUACCCGUAUCCCAGUUUACCAGCAUGGUCGCCGAUUUUCGUUUUGGCGUAUGCUACCUGUACUCGCCGCCGCCGCCUCUGUAG